UUUGAAAAUGCAAAUCAUUUUGUACACUUAUAAGGAAUAGGAAGUACAUCACAUGCCGUUGUCCAACUUGAAUUGCAACACUUCAGUUUGUCAGAACUCACUAUGGGUGUGCUGUUAUCUCCUUUUCUGUGAUCGGUUUUCAAGAUUGUAAUGUUAUCAGUAGUGUGUGAGUUUUCACAUGGCUUGUCCUGAGAACAUGUUUUUUCUCAUUGUCCUCUUUAUGUCAGGUGUUUUGGCCUGUUUUUGUCAACCAGAUUUGAUCGCCACAAUGCCAGAUAGACUGGAUGUACUGACUGGCUCCUGUGUGCAAAUCCCAUGUUCAUUUGAUAUUCCUGACAAACAUAAGAAUACAUUUAACAGCACAAUACCGAUCUCUGGAGUCUGGAUUAAAGAAUCACCAAAGUUUGAUGGGCGUCCGGACAAUGUGAUAUUUAACAGUAGUAAGACGGUCAACAUAUAUCAAGGGAACAUAACUGGAAACAUGUCCCAGAAGAACUGCACCACAGUCUUCUUCAAUGUAACCACCAAUUACACUAAUAAAUACUACUUCAGGAUUGAGAGUCAACCAUUCCGUGCAACAGACAUUGAUAAGUUUGUUGAUAUAGUUGUCAGAGAUGUGCCUUCCAGUCCCAACCUAACUGUCUCCGGUGAGCUGAAGGAAGGGAACCCUGUCAGUUUGAACUGCUCUGCUGUUGCUCCCUGUCCUGAACACCCCCCUGAGCUGACAUGGACUCUCCCAACACAGUUCACAACUGAGAAACAACUGCAGGAGAAUCCAGACCAAACCAAAUCAGUUUUCUCCACGGUGACCUUCACUCUGUCAUACCUUCAUCAUGAGAAGAACAUCACUUGCACUGCAGUCUACCCAGUAGGGGCAAGCAACAAGACAGCUGAACAUAACAUGAUGCUUAACGUUUCAUUCUCUCCUAAGGACACCUCGGCCUCCAUCAGUCCAGCUGAUCCAGUAUUAGUGGGCAGCUGUGUUAAUCUGACCUGCAGCAGUACAGCCAACCCUCCUGUGACAAACUUCACCUGGUUCCAGAUCAGUGGGGGUAAAACAAGACAUGUAGAAUCUGGACAGAGUUACUCCCUCAAUGUGACUGUUGGUGAUGGAGGACUGUACUACUGUGAAGCAAGAAAUAGUCACGGCUGUGGCAAGUCAAAGGAAGUGUGGCUAACUAUUAAAGGGCAAGAAACCUCAAUGGGCUUUGGGAUUGCAGCAGGAACUCUGGGGGCCUUUUUGCUUAUCAGCCUGAUCAGUCUUUUUGUAUGGAGGAGAAACUCGAGGCUCCACGAUGGACUUGAAAUGACAGACAGUCCACAGGGACAGAACUCCCCGGUUGGGACAGUGUGUGCUGACCAGGCCACAGCUGGAGAGAAACCAGAGGAACCUGCAGAAGACCAGUCUGAAGAGAUCCACUACGGUGACAUAGACUUCUCCAAACUAAAGACCAAAGAGACCCCAGCUGCAGCCCAGGACAGGGUCCAGGGACAGGAGAGUGAGUACGCUGAAGUCAAUGUGACUGGGAGAGGGGAUCAGUAACCACCACUUAACAACCUCCAUGGUCUUUAUGCACAAGUCAAUAAAAGAGGUGCAUUUUAUGUAUUUCGCCAAUGGGUAAUAAGUGUUUUUAUGUACAGUAUCGUCAUUGUGUAUCUGUUUUCUAUUGGUACUUUUGUUACAUUUAUAAUUGUGUGCUCUUUGAUUAUCUGCAUAUUUGUAGAAUUUGCUGGGAUGAAAAGUGUUUAACUGUUACUAUAGUGGUGAUACGAUGAUGUAGGCUACUCUUUAUUUUGGACCAUUUAUUUUGAGUGAUGAGUUCACAGAGCAUCUGUUUAAUGGGUUCCAGUAUAGAGGAACUGUGGCGUUCAACUAGAUUACUGAAAUAACUUUAAGACCAUAUAAAGUCAAUGAUGACUGAGGAGAGAAGACACAGUUAGACAGACAAUGGUCUGAUGCAAGACAGGAAGUUGGUGAAGUAAGUCUACGUGACGGCAGAAUGGUGUUAAAAUCUACUAGUCACUGUUUCUCAUCAUCUAUUGUGCAGUUCCCAGAAUGACAAUAUCAUCUAUUUUCAGUUUAUAUCUAUUUUGAAGUUAUUGUGUCAGUUUUUAUGUUGAGUGUUAAAUCAAAGAAACACCUGAGGCUGAAUUUAAGGUUGUUUAUUAAUUGCACUGUAAUUAAAACAUUUACAUUCAA